UCUGCGAGUGCCGCUUCCUUUACGAGCGAGCUGGCGAAAAAACGUUUCGUUUUUUUAUGAAUGGGAGGAUUAAAUACGACACGGCGUUGUGUUCCAAUGGAAAUGAGCGCGCUUUUGGCUUACAGCUUCCAUUCAGUGGUGUUGUGUGAUUUGUUUAGUCGCGUAGUAGAGCGAAACCAUAAAGAAACGUCGAGGGAAAACGGUCCGUUUCGCACGCUGGGAAUGUAGACAACGGCAGUGUAAACCGCUCACUAUGUUCGCUUUUACGGGAAUUCUGCAAUAGUGUGGUUAAGUGACUAAUGGCCAAUGAUCUGAGCUGUGUGGAGAUGGGCGGGUGUUAGACCAUGCGUCGACCAUUUUUGUGAAUGAGGUGAAGAAGCUGGAGCUGUGAUGACCGAACGAGGAGACACGGCCGAUCGUCACAUUUCACCGGAGACGGAGACUGCGUUUGGAUACAGGAUGGAGACUGUGUCCAGCACCAGGAGGCUGCACGGAUUACGACAUGGGCUGUGCGGUUGUUUCAUGCGAUGUCUUAGCGGCGGGCUUGAUGUGGUAUUUGUUUGAUUCCUGUGGAUAUUGGAUAAAGUUCAACGUGCCGUUUCGUGGAUUAUGGUUAGGAGUCUUAGCUCUCUUGAAGGUGGAUUCCACAAGUGGACACUUCUCUUCAGUCUUCAGUUCUACUGUUUCUGGCACUUUACCUGAACCGCAUCUACUCUUCAAGGAAGAGGUCACCAUCACUGAAGAUGACCACCCAUAACCACUCAGAUUCACAGAUGGAGCCUCCUGUGGAGCUACUGAAACCAUCGGCCUUCCACCACAUUCCCACAGUUGACCUGAGUUCUGCACUGCCCCUCAGAGUCCCUCCAGCGUCCAUCCCUAUGGACCUGCGUGUGGACCAGUCUUCUCCUGGUGCAGGGGCGGGGACGGGGGCGGGGACGGGGGCGGGGACGGGGGCGGGGGUGGGCGUGGCCGUGGAAGGGGACGACCCUGCUGCGCGGGAGCAGCACAUGCAGCAGGAACUGUUGGCGCUGAAGCACAAACAGCAGGUGCAGAGGCAGCUCCUCAUCGCCGAGUUCCAGCGGCAGCAUGAGCAGCUGUCACGGCAACACGAGGCCCAGCUCCAGGAGCACCUCAAGGCUCAGCAGGAACUGCUGGAGCACCAGAGGACCAUGGAGAAGCAGCGGGUGGAGCAGGAGCUGGAGAAACAGCAGCGGGACCAGAAGCUCCAGCUCCUGAAGAACAAGGAGCGGGGCCAGGAGAGUGCGGUCGCCAGCACAGAGGUGAAAAUGAGACUGCAGGAGUUUGUACUGAAUAAGAAGAAAGCGCUCGCCCAGCGCAGCCUGAACCACUGCAUGAGCAACAACCCACGCUACUGGUACAGGAAAACCCAGCACAGCUCCCUGGACCAGAGCUCUCCUCCUCAGACUGGAGCGUCUGCGUAUAACCACCCUGCCGUCGGCAUCUAUGACCCGAAGGACAACUUCCCUCUCCGCAAAACAGCAUCAGAGCCUAACCUGAAGGUGCGCUCGCGUCUGAAGCAGAAGGUGGUGGAGCAGCGAAGCAGUCCACUGCUACGACGGAGGGACAACCCCAUCAGUUCAGCCAAGAAGCGCUCCCUAGACAUGGCAGACUCUGCCUGCAGCAGUGCGCCAGGAUCUGGCCCCAGUUCCCCCAACAACAGCUCCCAAGGGAACCUGUGUGAGAACGGCAUCCACACAGCCAUGUCCAGCAGCUCACCAGAGGCAUCCCUAGGGAACAGGCUCGCUGGACGUGAAGGCUCAGUGACGCAGCUGUCCCUGUACACGUCUCCGUCGCUCCCCAACAUCACCCUGGGUCUGCCAGCCCCCACCACCAGCGGCGCGACAUCUGGCCAGCAGGAGGCGGAGCGCCUCGCCAUUCCCAGUUUACCCAUAACCACCGGGUUCCUGGCCGCCUCCCACCUGCCCGCCUACCUGGGCACCUCUGAUUCAGCUAGUUCCCACAAUGCCUUGCUGCAGCACAUGGUUCUCCUGGAGCAAUCAGCCACGCCGAGUCCUUUAGCCACAGGCAUUGGUGCUCUCCCCCUGCAGGUUUCCUCUCUGCACAAGCUGCGCGAGCACCGUCCGCUGGGCCGCACGCAGUCUGCACCGCUGCCCCAGAGCAACCAGGGCCUGCAGCAGCUGGUGCUCCAGCAGCAACACCAGCACUUCCUGGAGAAGCACAAGCUGCACUUCCAGCAGCUUCACAUCAGCAAGAUACUGACGAAUCCUGGCGAGGUAGGCCGCCAGCACCAGAGCCAUCCUGAGGAGACAGAGGAGGAGCUUAGGGAGCAACAGGACUCCGCCCAGGAGGCGGGCCUGCCGCUGAGCGUCAUCGUCAAGCAAGAGCCCCUUGACCCCCAGGAGGAGGACAGGCCAGAGGAGCAGGAGGUGCUCUUUAGACAGCAGGCCCUCCUUUUGGAGCAGCAGAGGAUCCAUCAGUUGAGGAACUACCAGGCCUCCAUGGAGGCUGCCGGCCUGCCCUCCAGCUUCACUGGGCACCGCCCCCUCUCCAGGGCCCAAUCAUCUCCUGCAUCUUCUUCCUUCGCUGGCAUGCAGGAGGUGCCUUCUAAACCUCGCUUUACUACAGGCCUUGUCUAUGACUCCCUGAUGCAGAAACAUCAGUGCAUGUGUGGGAAUACCAACACACAUCCUGAGCAUGCAGGCCGCAUCCAGAGCAUCUGGUCACGGCUGCAGGAGACGGGCCUGCGGGGACAGUGUGAGUGUAUUCGGGGUAGGAAGGCUUCUCUGGAGGAGCUACAGACAGUCCACUCAGAGCCCCAUGUCCUGCUAUACGGAGCCAAUCCCCUGCGGCAGAAACUGGAUAACUCUGUGAUAUCGAUGUUUGUCAGACUGCCCUGUGGUGGGAUUGGGGUGGACAGCGACACUAUCUGGAAUGAAGUGCACUCUCCCAGUGCUGCUCGUCUUGCCGUUGGCUCUGUUGUUGAGCUUGUCUUCAAAGUGGCAUCAGGAGAACUGAAGAACGGCUUCGCAGUUGUGCGUCCUCCUGGACACCACGCUGAGGAGAGCACCCCCAUGGGUUUCUGUUACUUUAACUCAGUUGCCAUAGCAGCUAAACUCUUACAACAAAGGCUCAAUGUCAGCAGAAUACUGAUUGUUGACUGGGAUGUUCACCAUGGAAACGGCACACAGCAAGCUUUCUACGACGAUCCCAGUGUACUUUACAUCUCUCUCCAUCGCUACGAUGACGGCAACUUCUUCCCAGGCAGCGGAGCUCCUGAUGAGGUAGGGAGCGGGCCAGGCGUGGGCUUCAACGUCAACAUAGCCUUCACCGGGGGCCUGGACCCACCCAUGGGUGAUGCUGAAUACCUCUCUGCUUUCAGGAUGCUGGUGAUGCCCAUUGCGAAUGAGUUCAACCCGGACGUGGUGCUGGUGUCUGCAGGGUUUGAUGCUGUGGAUGGACAUCUGCCUCCCCUCGGGGGUUAUAAAGUCACACCCAAAUGUUUUGGUUAUCUCACCAAACAGCUCAUGGGUUUGGCUGAUGGCCGAGUGGUCCUAGCACUGGAGGGAGGUCAUGACCUCAGAGCCAUAUGUGAUGCCUCAGAAGCCUGUGUUUCUGCCCUUCUGGGAAAGGAGCUGGACCCACUCUCACCAGAGCUCCUAAAGCAGACCCCUAACAUAAAUGCUGUGAGCUCCAUGGAGAAAGUUCUGGAAACCCAGAGUAAGUACUGGACGUCAGUUCAGCAGUGCAUGUCCACGGUGCGCCUCUCCCUGCUGGAGGCCCAGCACUGUGACUCCGAGGAGAGUGAAGUCCAGCACUGUGACUCCGAGGAGAGUGAGACCGUCAGUGCCAUGGCAUCUCUUUCUGUGGCGGUGCUGGAGAGAAGGAAUGAAGAUGAGCCUAUGGAAGAAGAGCCUCCACUGUAAGAGCCCCGACAGACUGGAUCCAGGUCCAACUGCUACGCUGGCGAGGUCCUCGGGAUCUCUGUGUGUUUCUUUUUGUCUCCCCUGGCUGAGGGUGGCGUUAGGCCCCCUGACGGGUAGAGAGAGGGGGCAUCAGGGCACAAAGCCUGACCAGAAACGUUAGGCGCAGACAGCCCCCUCGUGCUGAGGCCCUGCGCAGCACGUACCAGUUGCAGAGACUCGAGAUGUUUAUUGGCGACACCUCUGGUGGUGGCAAUAACUGACCAACAGUCUGUAGAGCACACACUCUGUGUGUGCUUAAUUACAGCCAGUAGUGUACCCAUUCAGAGAAGGGGAGAGCUAAAACUAUAGGGCGAGAGAGAGUCGGAGGAGUUAUGGACAGAGAAGAGCAGAGGUGUAAGAAAAAAGACAGAAACCUUGGAUUCUUUUUUUUUUUGUGCAGACCUUGCUCAUCAACCUUUGCAGUGAAGCACAGGGACUGCAGACAAGCGACAUAAUUUUCACCACAAGAUGGCACACUGUCUCAUUACUAUAUCUAGAGUUGUGACGUGGUUUUGACCACGAGUGCGUGCCUUUUUCACAAGCUUGUGGAUUUUAGGAAUACAUGUGAAGGACUCCGCCUUAAGCCUGAGGAAUUCCGCCUAUAGCCAGUUUUGUCAAAGAAGGAGGGACAGACCCCAUCGUCCCCAUGGAGGGAGGCACUGGCUGGAAGGCAGAGCGAUUACAAAAACAUUUUUCAGCAUGUCUGCUUGGACUGGGACGUAGGCUGCUCAGUGAAACCUUACAAUGUCUGAAAAUGACUUUCCUUCUCCUAAUGUGCUACAAAUGCUUCUGACAGUACUUGCCAGUAAAACAGAAGAACUCACCAUCACGAAGAGAAGUUUAAAAACCAGCCCAGCAAUGGCGCAGUCACUACAUGUAGCUUCGCCAGACACCCGCGAGCCGUCAUUCCCCAGUAACGGUUUAAAACUGACACGUGCAUCGCCUCCGAAGUGUCGGCUGCAAAGUUAGAAUGCCGUCUAGAGUCAAUGGAGAUGAAAAAGAAGGAAACAAAUGGAUUUGGGUUUGCGUCAUUGUUGGGGCGCCGCUGUUUUCAAACACAAUCUUGUGAAGUUUUUCUUGUGCUGUCAGAAAAUUGUAGAGAGAGGAAGACUGAAAGAGACCGAAAGACUUAUGAGGCGAUUGGAGGAAAACCCCACGGCUGAUGUCACGCUCGAAACAACAUCGCUAAAGAAACGGGGCCGUGGGACGUUUCAGAUGCAGCUCCUUGUCCUCAGCUGCGAAGACAUUCAAUCAGAGCAGAACAAAGGGACAAUCAAAGACAGAACAGCCACUUGUUUAUUGCUAAGACCCCUAAGCAUGAAAAUGGUAAUAACAGGUGUAUUACAGCAUGCAUAAUUAAUUAGGUAUGUUUAGUUUCAAGUCCAGAGUUGCGCUCAAGCUUGAUUUAUUUUGACCCAUCUCCCUGUCCCGCGUCCCCCCAGGUGUUUGUCCUGAAAGACUCGAGAGGAUUUGGUCAUUGCCAUAAACAUGAACUCAUCAAACCUUCUCCAUUGGAGCUUCUAGGUUUCUUCAUUCAUGCUGACAUUGUAGUCAUUCUUCCCUGAAUAUGCAUCAUACCAUAAUUUGAACUCAUUACUAUUUGUAUUAUUAGAUCUCUACAUCUCUCCAUUUGUACUUUUUAUUGCUUUUUAAUAUAUAUAUUUUUAAUUAUUGUUUGGUUCGAUGGAUUCUAUUUUAUUUUGCUGUUACUUGUACAGUAUACAUUUGGUACCAUGUACUUUAACCUCAUGUAAGGAAACCCAGGCCUGGAGACACUUGGGAACGUUUCUCACAUCAAACAGCUGUACGUACCUUACAUUCUGUUCAUAGCAGAUUUGUACAUGGAAGAAAAUAUAUCAUGAAUAUAAAGCAAACCAACAUUUUAAUGGUGAAUGUUCAUGUAAAUCUUUACAUAGAGAGAACACUGAGUAUAAUUUAUAUUGAAUGAUUUCUAGUUUAAUUGCACUCAAGUAUAUUCACCUAUUUAAAUGCAGUGAAACUGUCAACAUUGCAGACAAUUUCCACUAUUGUCGCUUAAUGCUAAGCAGGAAAGUUGGCACACAAACAGUAAAACAUUCCCUCUGAAACAUUCUCCCUUUCACCUUUGCUCCCUUAGUCUUGUAUGAUUUCCAUGUUAGUCUCCACCAAAGAGACCAGUUCCUGAAUCUCCAUGUAGUCAGAUAAACCACAGUGGAAAAAUGUUGAUUAUGAUCUGUGACCCAGGGUGUUAGCGUGGACAUUGUAACAGGCAUUCUGAGUGGAGCAAAAUGCACAGAUGGUUAAACAAUCAGAUCACUAUUUUGAUAUUGGUUUCACAGUAAAGCAUGAGUUUUCAAUUAUAAAGAUUAUUGCAUAAAAGGACAGAAAACGUGAUCAGAAAUGCAUGUUAUUCACUUAAACAUUACUGCAAAUAAAAAUGCACUAAUAGUC